AGUUUACAGCUUUAUAUAAAAGAAGCAAGAUUUCGCAACCAUUCCGACUUGGAAUCUCGCCGCGAUCCCGUCGGGGUGCAAGCGAGAGCUGAGAUAGAUUCGCGCGCGAAAAUUUACAGACGCGGUUUAAUUUUUUAAUUUUUCAAAAUGGCGGUUACAAGUGCCAGGAGCAUUAUCAAUAUGAAGGAGAAGGGUCAUUUUGGUCAUGAGAAAACAAGGAUUGAUAAAUACACGUUGGCAGACGAGCUGCCGGCUCAGCUUUCUGAGCUGGACCUCAGGCCACGGACCAUGUCCCCUUCCUACACCCUGCGCAAGUUGACGCCAAAGGACAAGGAACCAGUGAUAGACUUCUUGAGGAGAUUUUUCUUCCGCGAUGAACCUUUGAACCUGACAAUAAACCUGCUCGAAACCCCUGAGUCUCGCUGCAUCGAACUAGAGGACUAUGCAUCUUCCACACUUAGUGAUGGCGCAUCAGUAGCCGCAAUUGAUGAAAAUGGAGAUUUCGUGGGCAUGGUCAUCAAUGGAAUUGUCAAAAGAGAAGAAGUCGAUUAUACGGAUAAGUCGGAAGGCUGUCCGAACCCGAAGUUCCGACGGAUCUUAAAACUUCUCGGCUAUCUGGAUCGCGAAGCAAGGAUUUGGGACAAGCUGCCUCAGUCCUGCCACACCGUUCUGGAGAUCAGAAUAGCAUCCACCCACUCCGACUGGAGAGGAAGGGGUCUCAUGAGGGUCUUAUGUGAGGAGACAGAACGGAUAGCAAAGGAAUUGGGCGCGAGCGCCUUACGGAUGGACACCACCUCUGCUUUCUCUGCCGCUGCAGCGGAACGUCUGAAGUACAAGAAAGUGUACGGCUUGUUCUACUCAGAACUGCCCUACGCCCCGCACCCAGAGCCCCCACAUCUUGAAGGCAGAGUGUAUCUCAAAGAGAUUUAAAGUAACACCUUUAUUAAAAUUUUGAAGAUAAACAAAAACAAUCACCUGUAAUCUUAGUAGGUAUAUAUAAUCUGAAUUCUUUCAAUUAAAUUUGUUAAAAUGAGUAAAAAAGGUAAAAAAAAAAUGAGGGUCCUGUCCGUGUGUCUAUGUUUUGUUAUUGAUUAAUUAAAACGACCCAUUUUAGUAAUAAUACGCACCCUUUUUAAAAAAUACGCACUAAUCAAACAUUAUUAUAGAAAAAAAAAAAAAAAAAAUGAUAUACUAAAAAAUCCCUACAUAAAUAACCUGCAAAUUGUUCUCAAAAAGAUCUAGCAUUGUUUAUUAUUAAGAUUUUAAUCAUUUAAUGUACAUAGCUUGAACGAUGCCAUUUAAAAAAUGCAAAGAAAUGUUUUCAGAAAAUCCCAAUUAAUAAUUAUGACUUAGCUGUGAUACAAACAAAGAUUUUAAUUUACAAAAAGUUUUUUAAAUAAUCUGUCAAAAAACUUGAAUUGUAUAGUUUAGUUAUAUAAAAUGAUCUUUUGUAUGUAUAUAUUGUAUUAUUAUACAUGCACUUAUAAUGUAUGCAAAAAAAAAAAACAAAUAAAUGUCGCCUACAGAAAAUAAUAGCAAAGUUAAUUAAGGAAGGCUACUCCUGACAAAAAUAUAUAGCAAAAGUGUGUAACAAUCAUUUUGAUAUCGGAUAUAAGUGCUUCUAUACGUUGAGGUAGCCUUAUACAGUAGUUCUUUAAAGUUUAUUUUCAUGGAAUUAAUAAAUAUACAUGUGUUACUGUCUCUACUGUUGUUACUGUCCUAUCGUCAAUGUCAAUUGUGGCUGUAGUCAAAAAUCCUUGUAAUGUGAUCAAUUUUAUUGAAAGUAGAUGUUUCUAAUAUAUAAGAUAAUAUCUGUGUAUUAAAAUAAACUAUAUAAAUAUAUAAA